AUGUUACAGCCCAAUCAAUUAAUCGUCGAUGACGCUAUUAAAAAUGAUAAUAGUGUUAUUGCAUUAUCAUUUCAAAAAAUGAAACAAUUAAAUUUAUAUACAGGUGCUACAGUUAUACUUCGAGGUCGUCAAGAAACAGUUUGCGCCGUUGACAUUGGUUUAUGUCCAACUAAUCGUAUUCAAAUGAAUCGUGCUGUACGAAAUAAUUUAGGUGUACGGUUAGGUGAUAUUGUUUCAAUUGAAGGCUGUCAAGAUGUUAAAGAUGGUGAACGUAUACAAGUUUUACCUGUUGAUGAUACUGUACAUGGAAUAACAGGCAAUCUAUUGGAAGUUUAUUUAAAACCAUAUUUUGUUGGUAAAUCUUAUCGACCAGUACAUAAAGGUGAUGUUUUUAUUGUACGUGCAGCUAUGCAUGCUGUAGAAUUUAAAGUCAUUGAAACUGAACCAAGUCCUUACUGUAUUGUUGCACCAAAUACAGCUAUACAUUGUGGAGAUAAUCCAAUUAAACGUGAAGAAGAAGAAAUAUCUUUAAAUGAAAUUGGUUGUGAUGAUAUUGGCGGUAAAACUUUAAUUGCACGUGCCGUGGCUAAUGAAACUCGUGCAUUUUUCUUUUUAAUCCAUGGAUCGGAAAUUAUGUCUAAAUUACCUGGUGAAUCUGAAUUAAAUUUACGUAAAGCAUUUGAAAAAGCUAAAAAGAAUGCUCCAGCUAUUAUUUUCAUCGAUAAACUUGAUGCAAUUGUACCAAAGCGUGAAAAAAGUCAUGGUGAAAUUGAACAUCGUUUUGUUUUACAAUUAUUAACAUUAAUGGAUGAUAUUCAACAAUGUUCACAUGUGAUUGUUAUGGCGGCAACAAAUCGACCAAAUUCAUUUAAUCCAGCACUUCGUCGUUUUGAUCUAGAAAUUAAUAUUGGUGAUGAUGUUGAUCUUGUACAAAUUGCUAAUGAAACACAUGGUUAUGUUGGUGCGGAUUUAGCAUCAUUAUGUUCAAAAGCUGCUUUACAACAAAUUCGAGAAAAAAUGAAUGUCAUGGAUUUACAAAAAGAUACAAUUGAUGCUGAACUACUCAAUUCAUUAGUUGUUACACAAGAGAAUUUUCGAUUUGCACUUAAUCAAUCAAAUCCAUCAGCUUUACAUGAAAUAGUUGUUGAAGAACCAAGAACAACAUGGGAAGAUAUGGGUGGUUUAGAAAAUGUUAAACAUGAAUUACAACGACAUGUUCAAUAUUAUGAUGGACAUCCGAGAAAAUUUCUCAAAUUUGAUACGACGUCAUCACAUGGUGUUCUCUUUUUUGGACCACCUGGUUGUGGUAAAACAUUAUUAGCAAAAGCUAUGGCUAAUGAAUGUCAAUCAAAUUUUAUUUCGGUAAAAGGUCCUCAAUUAUUAACUAUGUGGUUUGGUGAACCAGAAGCUAAUGUCCGUGAUGUAUUUGACAAAGCUCGUCAAGCAGCACCAUGCGUACUUUUUUUUGAUGAAUUAGAUGCAAUUGAAGAAGAAAUAUCUUUAAAUGAAAUUGGUUAUGAUGAUAUUGGCAGUGUUAGAAAACAAUUAAUAGAAAUUAAGAAAAUGGUUAAAUUAACAUUAAGACAUCCACAACUAUGCAAAGCAAUUGGUGUUAAACCACCACAAUGUAUUCUUUUAUAUGGACCACCAGGCACAGGUAAAACUUUAAUAGCACGUGCCGUGGCCAAUGAAACUGGUUCAUUUUUGUCUUUAAUCCAUGGAUCGGAAAUUAUGUCUAAAUUAGCUGGUGAAUUUGAAUCUAAUUUACGUAAAGAAUUUGAAGAAGCUAAAAAGAAUUCUCGAGCUAUUAUUUUUAUUGAUGAACUUGAUGUUAUUGCACCAAAACAUAAAAUAAAAUAUGGUAUAGUUCAACGUUCUUUUGUUUCACAAUUAUUAACAUUAAUGGCUGGUCUUAAACAAUGUUCACAUGUAAUUGUUAUGGCGGCCACAAAUCGACGAGAUUCAGUUGAUCCAGUACUUUGUCGUUUUGGUCGUUUUGAUCUCGAAGUUGAUAUUGGUAUUCCUGAUGCUGGUGGCCGUAAAGAAAUUCUUCGUAUACAUACAAAAAAUAUGAAUUUAGGUGACGUUAAUCUUUCACAAAUUGCUAAUGAAACACAUGGUUAUGUUGGUGCGGAUUUAGCAUCAUUAUGUUCAAAAGCUGCUUUACACCAAAUUCAAAAUAAUAUGAAUAAUAAAGGUUUACAAAAUGAUACAAUUGAUAUUGAAGCACUCAAUUCAUUAGCUGUUACACAAGAGGAUUUUCAAUUUGCACUUGAUCAAUCAAAUCCAUCAGCUUUACAUGAAAUAGUUGUUGAACAACCAACAAUAACAUGGGAAGAUAUUGGUGGUUUAGAAAAUGUUAAACGUGAAUUACAAGAACUUAUUCAAUAUCGUUUUGGACAUCCGAAUAAAUGUCUCAAAUUUGAUACGAUGUCAUCACGUGGUGUUCUCUUUUAUGGACCAUCUGGUUGUGGUAAAACAUUAUUGGCAAAAGCUAUUGCUAAUGAAUUUAAUGCUAAUUUUAUUUCGGUAAAAGGUCCUCAAUUAUUAACUACGUGGUUUGGUGAAUCAGAAUCUAAUGUCCGUCAUGUAUUUGAUAAAGCUCGUCAAGCAGCACCAUGCGUGCUCUUUUUUCAUGGAUUAGAUGUAAUUGAUAAAGCUCGUGAUGGUAGUGUUGGUGAUGGUGCAGCUGAUCGUGUUAUUAAUCAAAUUUUAACUGAAAUGGAUGGUUUGGGUGAAAAAAAAAAUGUUUUUAUUGUUGGUGCAACUAAUCGACUAGAUAUUAUUGAUUCGGCUAUUCUUCGACCAGGUCGUCUUGAUCAAUUAAUUCAUAUUCCAUUACCCAAUCGUACCUCACGUGUGGAUAUUUUAAAGGUUGCUUUAAGAAAAUCAGCUGUAGCUAAAAGCGUUGAUAUUGAUCAUGUCACAGAUGAACUCAAAGGUUUUAGUGGUGCCGAUUUAACAAAAAUUUGUCAACGAGCUUUAAUAUUAGCUACAAAAGAUUCCAUUGGAAAAAAACGACAACUUAUCCAUCCAACAACAAUGUCUUCUGGUGAACCACAACCAAUACCAGAAAUUCAUUCUGAUCAUUUUGAAGAAGCUGUGAAAUUUGCUCGACGAUCAAGACCUCCAGCAGCUAAUCCAGUUUUUAAUGAUCGAACACAUCUAAGAGAGAGUGAUCGAACGGAUGGUUCAUAUGAAAAUCCUAUUGAAGAACAAUAA